AUGCUGCCUCCGAUCCCUACGCAGCGGCUGACGAACCCGUUGGGUUUUGGUUCUCGCAGUCUACUCUUUGUUAAUGAAGGAGACAGUCUCCUUGUAGGAGAUGAGGGGGGCUUUGUUUCUCUUUUUAACUUGAAGGCCCGUAGACUUGUCUCUCUUCUGUCUCCUUCCGUUCAAUCCUGUCUCCAAUUAGAUCCGCUAGGGAGCCCCUUCUGUGCUGCUGCGUCUGCGGCCAGCAGCAACGGCAGCAGUAGCCCUUUGCUGCACAUCGAGCCGCUCGCCUGCAGCAGCUGCAGCAGCAGCAGCUGCUGCUGCAGCAGAGUGCUGCUGCAGCAGCGAGACUCUCUCAUUUCCCUCUUUGACUUGCAAGCAGAAAAGUUUACGGGGGCAUUCAGGACAGGAGCCUUCUCCUUCUGCAAGUGCGCAGCUCCACAACGCAACAGCAGCAGCAGCAGCAGCAGCAGCUUUGGUCUGGAGUUCGUGGCUGCUCCUGUGGGGGAGUUGGAGACUGCGGGUUUGUUUGACUUGCGGGCCUUGAGGCCUUCUAAGGGUUUGGUGUCUCCUGCUGUGGAGUUCAGGCUGAAGAGAGACAGCUCCAGCGAGCCCCUAUUUAGCUCCCUGCAACAACAGCAGGAGAAGCAGCAGCAGCGGCAGCAGCAGCAGCAGCAGCAACAGCAGCAGCAGCAACAACAGCAGCAGCUGGUUGUGCCUCCGGAUCUGUCCAGUUGUGGGGCUCUGCAGUGUGUGGGGUUUGUCUCCUCGUCCCCUUUGCUGCUGACUGCAUACGAGCUGCCUGUGGUGGCCUUGUGGGAUCUCCGCAGCAGCAAAACACCUUAUUCGUUGCUGCUGCUGCCGCCUUCAGAGUCUCCCCCUGCUCAUUUAGCUGCUGCAGCAAGCCGCGUUUGGGUGGCGUGUAUAGAGGGACCCCUCUCCCUCCACCGCUGCAGGAGACGCAAAGCAACUGCAGCAGCAGCAACAGGUACACCCGCAGCAGCAGAAGCAACAGCACCAGCAGCAACAACAGCAGAUGCACCUCGCAGGACGACAGCAGACGAAGAAACUAGAAGCAGCAACAACAACAGCAACAUCAGCAGCAGCAGUGGGAGUGCCUGUCUGGUGCCUGUGGCUGAGGUGCGUACUUUCGGAGACAGUAGCAACAGCAGCAGCAGCAUUGCUGCGCUGGAUUGCUUCGAGGGGGACCGUCCGCAUGUAACUUCUGUAGCAGUGAGGGCUGAUGGUUUGGUAGGCGCAUGCGGCAUGUCUUAUGGGGCUGUGGAGUUGUAUGAAGGAAAGAUAUUGAAGCCUUUGGGGGCCCUUAAGGCACACAGCUCUGCUGUUGUUGCUGCUGCCUGGUGCAGCAGCACAGGCUGCCUCGCUUCUGCAGACAAAGAGGGAGUUACUUACCUCUGGAGUGUAUAUACAGACACCUAUCAACGCCCCACUUGCAACGAAAGCAAUCCCUUCUAA